AUGGCUCGUCGCUCAGCUAGACUGAGCAAGACCUCGCCAGGCCAGGUCGAGGUCAACAAGCCUCUGCCCAAUCCACCCAAGCUCGACUCAGUAAUGGAGCGUGACGAGUCAGUUGAGGAUUCUAGCGCCGUACCGACCAUUGAUAGCAUCAUCAACACUCCUGGCAUGGCUGCCAACGUCAAGAGCCAGUUGAAGCGAUUAUCUCCCCUCAAUACACCCAAAACCGAGCCUCGCCCUGCAAAGUCGGAGAUGGACCCCAAGACAAUGCACCAGACCAUGAUGCCACCUGAUUCUGGCACGAAACUGGGUUUUGCCGACGUUUCCCACAUCCCUCGCGCAUCUGUCGCCAGCAUUCAGAACACCCCAACUCGAUCCUCCAAGAAGUCCACACAAGCGGCCAGUGCUCCCGGAUUCAAGUUCACUUUCGCCUCCGAAUCUGGAUUAUCUGAAGAAGCCAAGGUCAUGAUGGAGAAUCUACGAGAAGAUGCGGCGCGUAUCAAGGCGGAAAUGAAGAAUCAGAAAGACCUGCAAGAUCAGAAAGAUGGUGAGGCUGAGAGCAUGUUCUCUGGCCGCAAGAUCGCAAAGCCAAAGGCCAAGGCUGGACGCUUCAGCGAUGUUCAUAUGGCCCAGUUCAAGAAGAUGGACUCCAUCGAGAAUCAUGCCUCCUCAUUCAGGACCCGGUUGGGCUACAAUCAACCCACCAUGCAGUCUCUUAAGCGCAGCCCCUCCAAGGCUGGCCUUGAUGAGCCAGAGCGACCACGUACUGCUGGUAAGGGGACACCUGGUCGCGCUCCGCCUCCGUUUUCCCACCAGACGCAGGCUGGCGGUGGCCUCCAUAAACCUGCUUCGCAUUCCGCAUCUGUGGAUCGGCUGGAAAACACCGCUCCUGCGAAACGCCUGCGACGUUCUGAAGUCGACGACGUGUCAAGCUCCAGGCCGCAGGAAGCUGCCGCCGUUAAACCAUCCGGCAUACCAAAAUCCACAUCUACCAGCAACCUAUUCUCACCAACCAAGGCUUCUCUGGCUCGUGCCCAGUCUACUGCAAAUUCACCCGCCAAACCCUUGAUGCUACCUCGAUCGCAGAGUGCCAAGGGCGUCCGAAAUAGCGGUCGCAUGAGUCUGAGCCGCACUACCUCGGCCGUCUCCAGAUUCACUUCCAAGCUCCUCGAAGCACAACAGACAAGCCGCAAAGACACUCCAACACUUUCCCGAUCCAAGAGCACGUAUGAACUAUCCACAGCUCCGUCAAAUGUACAGUCGGUGUCGUCUACCACCACGAGGCCGACGGCACACACGUCCAAGCUUCCCACGUUUUCCGGGUUGAAGUCAAUCUUGCGCUCACCCCGUAAAGACGGGAGCACCCCUGCCGAACGCGACGUCACACCAAAGCGACCAAACACUUCUGCCGGCGUUGUGGAAUCUUCGAAGAAGGUGGACUUCACCCCCAGUGUCAAAUCUCGCUACGCGGUGAAGCUUGCGAACAACAGCCCGAGCCCGGUAAAAUCUGCUCAGACUUUGACGCCCAGAGCAACUAGAACUCCUAUCGUCCCCUACGAUCCUGCGGCUUAUGUCAUUCAAGAGGACCAAGACGAAGCAUGGGAGGAUGCUUCCAGCAGCCCCAUCGAGUAUCCUACUCUUCCCGCGCUGUCCGCCCAACCAUCUCCUCGCAAUGGACCUGUUGUGCAAACUCUGGCGCAGAAGGCCAAAGAUCUGGGCCGCCGCGAAUCCAAGGAGUUCAAAUCGAUCUUCACGACUCUGCACCACCCGUCUAGGCCUAGCUCAGCUGGCUCACUGACGAGUAGCAACGCCACUGUCGGGCGGGCUGACCCCACCAGCCAGGCCCUUCAAGCGAGCAGAUCAACUAAUGACACGAGUGCUCGGUCAUCGCGUCCUUCGACUAUUAGACGCGUUCGAAGCUCUGGCACCACUGAAGCUGUUCAACCAUUCGAGGAUACCGAGGUGCACACUAUGGCUCACGGAAUACCUGCGAAGAAGCGCCGCCGCGAAUCUAGGUACUUCGAGGCUAGCGAAGACUCUGCGGAGGCUUCAAAGGAAAACCGACCCAUGGCUGGCGCAUGGACUGAGGGCGAUGACGCCGAUGAUGAGAGUGCCAGACGUGCCAAACGUGUCAAAACCAUUGACUUCAAAGACAUCGAAGCCGGGGAGCAGCAGACCAGCCCCAAGAAGAGGAGCGCGGCGAGGGAGGCAGCAGCCAAGCACGCACGCGAUCGCAAAUCCGUGGCACUUGGCCAGGUCAAAGGCACUCCUGCAAAGGCUGCUUUGACUAUGAGCCGGCUCAACAUGCUCAGUCAGCCCAAGCGGAGAGGCUGA